CACGUUUUUGCAAUUCAAAGCUCAGGAGCGCUCUUAGGAUUUGUACAUCGGGACCAGAGAGGAGAUCUUCAACGCUUCACUUCGGUUCAGCCAAGCUGCAACAAACUCUCACCAGCUUGCAUGAAUGUGUCCACUAAGGCGUGCUUAAGGUGCAUAAGACGCUCGCGCUCAAGAUCUGGUUUUACGCACGGCACCGGCGCAGCUGAGAAUCACUUUUUCAAACAAAACUAAGAAAGACUUUCCAAGUUUCACGCGUAAUCAGGCACCGCUCAGUUUUGCGCAUGAAUCUCCUCGACCCCUACCUGAAGAUGACGGAGGAACAAGACAAAUGUCUCUCUGACGCCCCGAGCCCGAGCAUGUCCGAGGACUCAGCGGGGUCCCCCUGCCCAUCCGGUUCGGGAUCUGACGCGGAGAACACUCGGCCGUCGGAGAACGCGCUGCGCCACGCAGACGGGGCGCUGCUGGGCGACUUCAAGAAGGACGAGGACGACAAGUUCCCGGCGUGCAUCCGCGAGGCCGUGUCCCAGGUGCUCAAGGGCUACGACUGGACCCUCGUGCCGAUGCCGGUGCGCGUGAACGGAUCUACGAAGAACAAGCCGCACGUGAAGAGGCCGAUGAACGCUUUCAUGGUGUGGGCUCAGGCGGCGCGGCGGAAGCUGGCGGACCAGUACCCACACCUCCACAACGCGGAGCUCAGCAAAACUUUGGGCAAACUAUGGAGACUUCUCAAUGAAGGAGAGAAGCGGCCUUUUGUGGAAGAGGCCGAAAGGCUCCGGGUGCAGCACAAGAAGGACCAUCCUGACUACAAGUACCAGCCCCGGCGGAGGAAGUCGGUAAAGAAUGGCCAGAGCGAGUCAGAAGACGGCAGCGAGCAGACACACAUCUCCACCAACGCCAUCUUCAAAGCCCUCCAGCAGGCGGACUCCCCUGCCUCCAGCAUGGGCGAGGUGCACUCUCCUGCUGAGCACUCAGGCUCACAGGGCCCCCCUACCCCUCCUACCACCCCGAAGAAUGACGCUAGCUCAGGUAAGAUGGACCUGAAGCGUGAGGUGGGCCUCCGCGCUCUGCCUGACGGCAACGUCGGGCGGCAGCUCAACAUCGAUUUCCGCGACGUGGACAUCAGUGAGCUGAGCAGCGACGUCAUCUCCCACAUCGAGACGUUCGACGUCAACGAGUUUGACCAGUACCUCCCGCCCAAUGGCCACCCGGGGCCUGCCGGCGUCGCCCCCGUCACCUACACCGGCAGCUACAGCAUCAGCAGCGGGGCCCCGCUCAGUCCGCAGGCAGGAGGAGGGGCGGCCUGGAUGCCUAAAAGCCAGAACCAGCAGGGACAGCAGCCGCAGAUCACCCUGACCACGCUGGGGGGCGGCGGAGGCUCCGAGGCCCCCCAGGCGCAGCACAGGACCCAGAUCAAGACGGAGCAGCUGAGCCCGAGCCACUACAGCGAGCAGCAGGGCUCCCCACAGCACAUCCCCUACAGCCCCUUCAGCCUGCAGCACUACAGCCCCUCCUCCUCCUCCUACCCGGCCAUCUCCAGGGUGCAGCAGUACGAGUACCCCGACCACCAGGGGGGAGGGAGCUCUUACUACAGCCAUGCUGGGGCGGGUCAGGGCUCGGGCCUGUACUCGACUUUCAGCUACAUGAGCAGCCCCAGCCAGAGGCCCAUGUACACGCCCAUAGCGGACAACGCGGGGGUGCCGUCUAUCCCGCAGGGAAGCCCACAGCACUGGGAGCAGGCUCCGGUUUAUACCCAGCUCUCUCGGCCCUGAGAUAAAACAGACUGAGACGGGACAUGAAAGCACACAUCUAACACAAACGUACACGCAUAAUUAAACACUUUAUUCAGGGGGGGAGGGGGUUCCCCUUUCCCCUGGAUCACACACUUGAAUUCAAAGAAGAGGAGCGCUGGACUUUAAGGUUGGCUGACAUAGUGCCUUGCUUAUUUUAUCACCAUAGAAACAUAAAUAUAUAUAUAUAUAUAUAUUUUUAGACGGAAGAAAAGACUUUAGAUAAUCCUCUGUGAGGAUUUAUUAAUUGUUAAUAUUUCUGUAGGUACUGUAUAUGUUUUCAUUAUUAAUGCUGGCAGUUUUUUUUUUAGCCCAAAGGGAAGUUUGGGGAGGUUGAGGUCAUGCCGCAGGGAUGUUUUUUCUUUAAGCAGCUCCGGUGAGAUUGGUCAGAUCUGACGGGAAGAUGGAUAGCAAGGUUUACAGUGAACCUGUUACAGCAGCGCUAAAAAAAAAAAAAAAAAUAAAAAAAAAAAAAAAAAAAACCCGCUCGUGUACGGUUCUUUUGCCAGCUGAUUCCUAUGUGCCAGCCAGCGAGUUUGGAUUGUAUUGCAACAUGAUUGUUGGGGUGUCUAUUAUGCAACACAAGAGAGAGACUUGCAAUCCCAAAGCUGUGUCAUCUUGAUGAGAGAGACUGCAGCCCCUUCCACCGUCCGUGCCUUGAUGUUCUUACUUUUUUACGUUUUCUCCCGAGCCCCUUGUGCGGCUUUCCGUCGUGGCCACAGCUGAGAUUACAAUUACUGCCCCAUGGCAUGUGUUUGACAGCUACAGGAAGUCACCUUUAACCCCCAUGGGUGUCCCCCCCCCCCUUUUUAUUGCCCCAUCCCCCACAGCAUGCUGGUGUCCUCAAAUCCCCCCACCCCCCCUCGCCCACCAGCCAAAUCCAGUUUAACAUUUCUAUUUAUUUAUUUGUUAGUGUUAACUUUAUUUCAAAGUAAUUAUUUUGCAUACUAUUCUUAUAACUAAUGAAAUGUCCUUUUUGAGAUGUAGACCGCAUAGAACAUUCCCCCAUUUUCCGUUUUUUUUUUUAUUUUGCAAGAUUUAGACAAAAUGGUACAUGCUGUAUUUUGUUUGUUUAUUUAUCUUAUCUUAUGAAUUACUAUUUUAAGUGUUUGUCCUUCUUUUUCUGAGCAUUGCAAGCAGUUUGUUUUAUAGUUUUGAAAUUUCUUUUGAGUGUGACUCAAAACAAUGGCUGGAAGAACUGGAAAAUAAUUUGUCCUUUAGAUAUGAUUACACCGUUUCUGUUUGGCUCGUUCCUUUGAUGGAUCAUGAGUACUGCUUGUCCUCUCCGCUCUGCGGGCCGUCUCCCAUUUUUUUUCUCACAAAGAUCGGAUGUUGGCCGAUGCUGUCUUCUUGUUUUACUGCGACGUCUCUAUGUAUUUGUAAUGUCUUUAAACUAUCUUUUUGUAUAUGGAUUUGCAAUAAAAGAAAGAAAA